GCCCAAUGGGCAUGCCUCCCCUCUAAAACUCCAGAAUCAUUAGGCAGUGAUAGGGUACGCUAAGAUAAACGACUGCUUGGGAGAAACAAUAACCUAUAAUUGAUCAACAGUUUGACAUGUGUGCAAUCACAUGAGUCGUAGGCUAUUAAAAGGUAGGUAAUGGUGUAGCUACAUAAUGCUCCACCUACUCACUGCAGUCCCCUCCCUGCUCUGUGCGCACCCAUCCGCAUACUGCACAAUCCACAGGAAAACAGGAUAAUACCAACAUGGAAAUGGUGGACUUCAUAUCUCCGUAAUAUAACCUGUAAACUGGUAGAACGUUUUUUUAUGCUUUCGAUUGACCUUAAUAAUAUUUAAAAGGAUUUGUUUUUUUUUUAUUAUUAUUUCAUUAUAUUUUUUCGCAGGGAUCAUCACCAUAAUAUGGACAAAUUGCAUCGUCCCCCCGCGCAAGAAUUCCAAAGUAGUUAAUUCUGCCUGCUGCCAUGUUGGAUUGAGGAAUCGUUGUUGCAGUUGCACUUCAGGAAUGAAAGUUUAGCUAAAUAACGUUAUUGUCUUCACAAUAUUGUCAUGUCCACAUUAAUGCGAAUGUAGCGAUUAGGUCAGUCUAGUGCGAGAACAUUUCAGAAUAGAAAAACAAAUUUGCCAUAUUUCUGUUGCCAGAGCAGUGUAUCGAAAUGAACCUGCUACAGGCCACGAUGACCCGUCACUUCUUGUAUUUUAUAUAACAAUUAUUUUUAGAGACAGAGGUGGGUUUUUGAUUAAUUUAACAUUACCACUAUGAGUAACCAUCCGCCCCAGCGGCGGGUUGGGAAUAUUGGCUCCCUGCUACUCACACCACAAGAGAACGAAUGUCUCUUCAACCACCUAGGCAGGAAAUGCAUCAGCCUCUGCUCAGCAGUUGUCCAGGUUUAUGGGGCAGACCGAAGCCAGACCUGGAUGAAAAGAUGCUGCGGUGUGGCUUGUUUGGUCAAAGACAACCCGCAGAGGUCUUACUACAUCCGUGUUUAUGACAUCAGGGAGGGGAAAAUAAUGUUUGAACAGGAGCUCUAUAAUAACUUUGCAACUAUUAAUUCCCGGGCAUACUUCAUUACAUUUCCAGGAGAUACCUGCCAGGUUGGCCUGAAUUUUGCGAGUGAAGAAGAAGCCAAGCGCUUCAGAGCAGCACUUAAUGACCUAUUCAAUCGACGAUCCCGGAGAACAGAAAAAAGACGUGAUGGACCCAAUGGGCUGGCAUUACCCAUGGCGACUGUUGACAUUAAGAACCCGGAGAUCAACAAUAUGCGCUUCCACAACAACUCCCACAUGAACAACAUGAUGCACAGCAGCCUGGGCAAGAAGGAGAAGAAGGUCAAAGGCAAGCGGAAGAAACUGACCAAGGCUGACAUCGGCACCCCCAGCAACUUCCAGCACAUUGGCCACGUGGGCUGGGACCCAAACACAGGCUUUGAUCUGAAUAACCUGGACCCUGAGCUGAAGAACCUGUUUGAUAUGUGUGGCAUCUCGGAAGCCCAGCUCAAGGACAAGGAGACGUCCAAGGUCAUCUAUGACUUCAUUGAGAAGAAGGGAGGAGUAGAGGCUGUGAAGAAUGAGUUGAGGAGGCAAGCUCCACCACCUCCUCCAUCUCGUGGAGCCCCUCCACCUCCCCCACCCCACAUCUCAACUCCGCCACCCCCACCCCCUCCCCCCGCCCGUGGCCGUGGAGCUCCACCUCCUCCACCUCCCUCCAGAGCCCCGACUGCAGCACCUCCCCCUCCACCCCCAGCAGAGUGGGCAUGGGCGCUCCCUCCCCCUCCUCCCUUCAGAGGACACCCUCCUCCACCACCCCCGGCACCCUCACACGCCUCCUGUGCCCCUCAGGCUGCACCACCACCUCCACCCCCGGCCCCAGUGUCCCACGCAGGAGCGGGAGCUCCACCUCCACCCCCACCGCCGCCGCCUCCACCCCCACCUCUGCCUGAGGCAGACAUAGAUGCCGGAGAGCCCGUGGCCCCAAACGGCAAAUCGGCCUUGCUGAAUCAGAUUCGUGAGGGUAUGCCGCUGAAGAAGGUGGAGCAGAAUAACAGCAGGCCGGUCUCCAACACCGGCCGAGACGCAUUACUGGAUCAGAUCCGACAGGGCAUCCAGCUCAAAACCGUGUCUGACGGCCCGGAGUCAGGCCCUCCUACCCCGGCUCCUUCUGAAGGUAUUGUAGGAGCUCUGAUGGAGGUGAUGAAGAUAAGGAGCAAAGCCAUUCGCUCCUCAGAUGAAGAUGAGGAUGAUGACGACGAUGAAGACUUUGAAGAUGACGAUGAAUGGGAUGACUAGUUUCCUUUGUCAUUCGUCUUGCCCUAAACAAUAGCUGACACUAAAUUUCUCAUGCUUCCAAAUCCAAAAUUAUAUUCAAACUGUGUAAAUGGUCUGUCAUUUUGCUGUAUAUUUUGUUGCCUUUUCGGUUUUUAUUAAUCUGUGCAAUACCUCACUUAAUCUUUAAAACAUUGUUAUGUAUCCUCUGGAAAGUGAUCUUCUAGAUUACAAACAGUUGUGUACAAGGUUGGUUUCUAUCAUAGUUUGUCUUUUUGAAUGUUUUGUCUUUAUUUUGGUUCCUUCACUAAUGGGAAAGGGAGAUGGACUAGGUCCUUUUAUGUUGAAAAUUGUUUGAAUAAUACUGAAGAUAACACUAUUUUCAUAUCCAGCUUUUCUGUACCCUUUUCCAAGUCUUAGUGUAGCACUGUACAUUUCUGUGAAAAACAAAAACACUCUUACUCGACAUAUGUAGCCACUGUAGUUAUUCAUGUAAAAACCUACACAAGGCUAUUGUAUUCAAGGCUGUUAUAUUUUCUAUUUUAUUUUUUGUUUUGUUUUGUUUUAUUUGCACGAAUGAGAGGAGGAAAUUCCCACAAGGUUAUGUUCACUCAACUGGGUUAAUAGAGGAUAGUGAUAUGUCACUGUGACUUUUGUUUAAAAUGCACAUCAAACAUGAAGACUCGGUGAAGAGACUUCUGAUAAAUAGCUUUAGGUAUGGGUCUGAGGUUCUGUCUUCUCUCUCAUAUUAACUGGGAGAAGACAAAAUAUCACCCAGAGUUCUUAUUUUGGGAGGAUCAGAUCAGCCCUCCACCUUUACAGCAUCAGCCUCCAUGAGAAUUUGCUGCCGCACAAAAGCAGUUGACACUACUCUCGUAGACUAAUCGUUUAAGGGGUCUUUGCUUAACUGACUGGCACAGGCAAGUGAAAGUGACAGAAAUCCAUGACGUGUGUAGUAACUGAUGCUGAAAAUACUAAAUUGUAUACAUAAAUAAAUAUUAUUUACAGCA